AUGGGUCAGAACAGCUGUAAGCAGCCUGAGGCUUUGGACCUCUCUGCCCAGUUGCCAGUCCUCCUGGGGACAGGCCAGAACUAUGUGAUGCUGGCUCUAGAAGCCUUGCUGCCUGGUUCGGGGGCCUGGUGGUGGAUGGACACAAUCACCUUGGCUUCCCCGACAAAGAGGAACCAGUUCCCUCCAGAUAGGGCCCCGCCGCCCCUGAGGGGAGUACCUGCUUGUCCACUCCUGCAAGCUGGAGUGAAUACGGCUUCACAGCUGCAACCAUCUGCUAGGAUCCCUAGCUCAAGGCUGGCUCACAGCUCUCCACUUCGAAGCUCAGAGCCCCUGUGGGGCCGCUUCAACAGAGGCUUCCCAGGCUUGUGUCCCAAGCCCCUCAAGGACUCAAUGUCAACCCAAGCUCCAUCUAGUAAGUCAAUUCUAACUUCCAUUGGUGACCAUGUGAGCUCCUGUGGCCAGCUGCGGAGAAGGAGUAUUGUGGAGGGGGAGCCUUCCAGCUCUGAUGAUGUGGAGGCCGACUCUUCCUAUAAGCUCUGCUGUUUCCAGAGAGUUCCUGGCUCCAGACCUCAAGCGGCGGCCCAGGAGGGAACCCGGAGGCGGGAGAGUCGGGGAGAGCGGGAACGCGGGAGCGGGAAGGCUGGCGGCUGGCUCACACGGAAACUCCGGCCCCUGCCAAGAGGUCUCUAUUUUGGCGAUCCAGUUCUCCAAAUCAUAGGUCUGCGUGCGCGCUGCCGGGGGCGAGGGAAAACAGGGGCCCCUACCCCGACUCCCCGACUCGGGGAAUCCAUUCCACUUCCAUCCCGGGAUCGGGAGCCCGGGUUCUCCAGCACACGCGCGGCGGGGCGACGCCAGGGCGGCUCGCGACACGCCGCGACUCUCCCGCCCUUCCCUGGGCCCCCAGCCCCACGCCGGGGCCCCGGCGCUCUCGAUUCCGCCCUCAAGCAAACUUUUCCAGGUCCCCGAAGGCUCGAAGAACCGGCGCCAUCGACGUACCUGAGGCCGAGUGGCUCACGGGCCCAGCUCGGUCGCCGGGCCGGGGUCUGUCUCCGUGGUCCCCGCUCCGUGGGCCGAGACGCGGGUCCCCAGCCCCGCCAGGCCGUCCUCUCCCCUCGGAAGCCGGGCCGGGCGAGCGGCGCCGGGAACUCGGCGCCGGCGAAAGGAGAAGUGGAAGUUGAGCGCGGCGCCCGGUCCGUCCCCGCGGCCGCCGGGACCGCCGUCCCCCGCCCUCCUCCCCGCCCGCCCUUCCUCCCCGCCCGCCUGCCCCCGCCACCCCGCGCCCGUGACUCACCUCGGCGCCGGGGCAGGCUGGUCCGGGCGGGCGAGGCGCAGGGCUCUCCCACACUUCGCGCCGCCAAUGGCAAGUUGGAGGGAGAGAUGCAAAUACCAGGAAAGGAUCAUCUCAGGCGCAGGACUGGGGGACAGGAGUGGUGGUGGAUGAUGGCCACAAAGGCAGCUGCAGAUUACAAGUUCCCAAGGAAAGAUCCUGUGGCUGGACUGGGGCGCCGGCCCCUGAGACCUCCUGGAUACUCAGAAUCAAGUCCCCAAAACAAGCACUUUGUCUUUUCCAAGCGGGCAUGCUUUUCCCAGGGGAUUCCAGAUCCUGGAGACACACAGUUCUCUGCUGGCCUCUCAUCCACGAGGGUCCCCCCUCAAAUUUGGGGUAGGUUCCAGAUGUCCCUAAGCCCUCUUUACCUUGACUUUGAAAUUCACGAAUGGACAGACACGUCUGCACACGCGUGCACACACACACACACUUUCCCAUUUUGCUAAGAGCUCAGUGGUCUGUAACCUCAGACAGACCUGGGUUCCUAUUCCAGCUCACUAUUUACCAGCUGUGUGACU